ACCCUGUUCUGUCUUCCCAUUACCUCAUUUCCAUACACGACACAAGAAGAAGAAGAGUUUGGUGUCAUUGCUAAUCACAUUACUAAACACUUCUCUUCUUGUUGUUACCUCUCAACAUUUCUCUUAUCAAUUCUUCUUCAAUGUCUCAACGAACUUUACUUAUCCCUUUAUCAUCCUUCUUCAUUGCCCAUUUACUCAUUUCGGGUGUUGUUUCAACAACUUUUACAUUAACAAAUAAGUGUGGCUACACAGUAUGGCCAGGCAUUCUGUCCAACGCAGACGCACCAGCUCUUUCCACGACUGGUUUUUCCCUCCAAAAGGGGGAGUCAAAAACCAUUACAGCACCAGCUUCAUGGGGUGGACGUUUAUGGGGCCGCACAUAUUGCUCUCAAGACUCCACAGGAAAAUUCUCUUGCCUAACAGGGGAUUGUGGCUCUGGAAAACUAGAAUGUUCAGGCACUGGUGCAGCUCCUCCGGCUACGUUAGCAGAGUUCAAGAUUGACGGCUAUGGAGGGAUGGAUUAUUUUGAUGUCAGCCUUGUAGAUGGGUACAACUUGCCAUUGCUUGUUGUCCCCCAGGGCGGUUCUGGUCAGAAUUGUACAAGCACUGGAUGCGUGGUGGAUUUGAAUGGCGCGUGUCCUUCGGAGCUUAAGGUUACUAGCACGGGAGGCGAGAGCGUGGCAUGUAAGAGCGCUUGUGAAGCGUUUAGGUCACCACAGUAUUGUUGUAGCGGUGCAUAUGGUACACCCGAUACUUGCAAGCCUUCUUCGUAUUCCGAGAUAUUUAAGAACGCCUGUCCACGCGCUUACAGCUACGCUUACGAUGAUAAGACUAGUACCUUCACUUGUGCCUCCGCCGAUUACCAAAUUACCUUCUGCCCCGCGCCUAACACCAGCCAAAAAGCGUCACAGGAGCAGAACUCUGAGAAUACGAACACAAAUACCAAUACACCACUCAUCAACAGCACAAUGGUGUACGAAGGCGCCUUGAGCCAAAAUGGAGCAUCACCAUCCAUGUAUGGCAACGUGUUAGGAUCACACGUUACUGCGGGCAUUGUCAGCUUCACAGUUGCAAUUUGGCAGUGGCGGCAGCUAUUCUAAGUCCUAUAUACACUAAUAUAUAUUUACACACCAGAGCAGGCCCCUUGAAAUCUCUUUCUUUCAGUCUAGUUUACGCUCUUUGGAGGGCAUGGACCUGCAAAAAUCGGCCAUCCGAAUUUUUACGCAAGUGGGGCUGUCGGUUCUUAUGGAGUGGACCCUAUUACUUUUUGAGCUCUUUUUCAUGCAUGGCCCAUGUGACCCUACGGGAUGGCCGAAUUGACGUGGAAUACGUGGAAUUGAGUCAUGAUUGAAAGCUCACACGUCCAUUGAAGAUCACUCCAUCCACUCCUCCAUAAAGGAAAAUCCAAUUUCAUUGUUGUCCUGUACGGGGGUCAAAUACUACUCAAGAGGCUGAGGAGAUGGUGUGGUUAGUGAUGGUAGUGGUGCAAAAUGCAUGAAACUCUUUCCUUUUUCUUUUUAGCGUUUAGGUUAUUGUUAUUAUUAUUACUAUUAUUUUAUCAGAGGGGAUGGGAUUCAUUUGUUGGUUUCGAUAGUGUGUGAAUUGUAUUGCGCUACCACCGCAUUUGGUGCCCAGAUAAUAAAACUCUCAUCUAAUUUCAUGUUUGUCUGCA